UCUACUUGGAUCGAUUUUGGGAUCAGUGCCAGUGCCAGUGGGUGUAGCGAGAACAAUAGAAGAUUUAUUUUUUCGGAAUAACGAUUUAAAGAACGGUGACACGGUGGAGGAAAAUAGAAGAUUCAGAACCAUGCUGAACUGUGCGGAUUUAGUGCAAUUCGACCAGUACAGCUUGCAGCUGUACAAUUACGCGAUGGUCGAGCGGUUCCGGACGAAUCAGUUCUUCAACUACGGGAAUAUUGUGACCGAUCCGCGCACGUUAUCGCGAUUUUUCAAGCCCGCGGUGUACGGCGUGAACAAUCCGGCCGGAAUCGACGUCGGCGGUGGACCCAGCGCGCUGCUGGCGGACGCCAGCAAGCUGUCCUCGGCCCCGAAGCCCCAGUACAGCUACAUCGGGCUGAUCGCGAUUGCGAUCCUCACUUCCCCAGAGCGAAAGCUCGUCCUCUCGGAUAUCUACCAGCACAUCCUGGACAACUACAGCUACUUCCGGAGCCGCGGCCCCGGCUGGCGCAACUCCAUCCGGCACAACCUCUCCCUCAACGACUGUUUCAUCAAAGCAGGCCGUUCGGCCCACGGCAAGGGCCACUACUGGGCCGUCCACCCCGCCAACGUGGAUGACUUCCUCAAGGGCGACUUCCGGCGCAGAAAAGCCCAACGCAAGGUCCGUCGCCACAUGGGACUCACCUCGGACGACGACAUCUUCGACAACAGCUCCCCGCGCCAGUUCUUCCCACCGAUCCCGUCCUCCCCACCCCUCCCCCUCCCAGCCGCCGCGUACAUGCCAACCGCCACCGAUCCCCACCCCGCCCUAACAACCCACUAUCAAACCACCCUGGACCAACACCAGGCCCUCAUCAUCAAAGGAGCCAUGGAGAGCUUCUCCCGGAAGCGCCAGUUCGACGUGGAGUCCCUCCUCAAACCCGACGACGCCAACUCGCAGCAAUCCUCCACCUCAGGAGGCCAUGACCAUCAUCACGCCCAUCACCACCAUCAUCUGCAGCAACCAGCGGAAAAGAAGGCCAGAUUUGGGGCGACGACUCCGACGCCGCAGCCAGCGCACCUCCACCAUCCGGUGGCUGCGUUCAACAGUUUGGCUGCGGCCGUCGGCGGACUGGUGCCGAAGGUGGUGCUGCCGCCCAAGGAGACCUAAGAGCGUUUUGCUAGCUUCUCUUUUAUGUAGUAUGUAUGUAUAAUAUGAAUAGUGCUAAGAGAAAUACUUCCUUACAAAAACAACAAAAAAAUCUUGAAAAAAAAAGACACACGCGAACAAUCCGUUGACUGUAAACCUAACUGUGACUGUAAAAGUGAAAAAAAAUAUGAUCGGAGAGCCUGCGAGAUGAAAGAGGAAAAUAGGGCUUGCCAGAG